UCCCCUCCUUCGUGUGAAAGCUUCUGGUCGUAAUAAUGGCGGGUCGGGGAAAAACCCUGGGAUCUGGAGCAUCGAAGAAGGCUACGUCACGUAGCAGCAAGGCUGGGCUUCAAUUUCCUGUCGGUCGUAUCGCUCGGUUCCUCAAGGCUGGGAAGUACGCCGAGCGUGUCGGGGCAGGAGCUCCGGUAUAUCUCGCCGCUGUUCUCGAGUAUCUCGCGGCGGAGGUUCUUGAGCUUGCUGGAAAUGCAGCAAGGGACAACAAAAAAACCCGAAUUGUACCUCGACACAUUCAGCUUGCGGUGAGGAACGAUGAAGAGCUAAGCAAGCUUCUUGGCGAUGUCACCAUUGCCAAUGGAGGAGUAAUGCCCAACAUUCACAAUCUCCUCCUCCCUAAGAAAACUGGACCCUCAAAGCCCGCUGAUGAAGAUUAAUCCUGGCAUGUAUGGAAAAGAUCUGUCUCUUUUCCACACAUUUGGAUGUGAAGCCUCAAACCCUGCCCCUGCGAUUUUAGCGCUAGAACUUGCUUCUUUUAGCCUUUUUUUUCAUUGAUUAGGGUUGUGAUAUGCCUUCUUAUCUUUUCCAGUUUUUCUCUUGCGUUGUGUUCUUAGUAUCUGUAAGCUUUUAAGUUGCGUGAAUAUAUGAAGUGUAUCUUUUAUAAGUUGUGAAAUGAUAACUUCUUUUGAUCA